AUGAUACUAUCCGAUUCGAAACUCCUUCAACGACAAUUCCAACUAUGUAAUAGAACAUUCCUUAUAAUGCUGGAUUAUGUGGCGCAUCAUCAGCUAGCGCUUACCCUGCAUGAGUCCCUCGUUUUUCUAACGAAAUGCAGACAGUGUAGGCUCAUCCCUACAUUCAUCCGGAAUAUGGUUCAGCGUUUUUCUUACCGUCAGGAUGCAGUACGAAGAAGCGGCCUUACGUCAGAGAGUGAGUGGGGAGUGUUGGACCCAGCUAAUGUUGCAUCAAGAGAAAAAUGUGACAGCCUACGCACUGAGACACGAUAUCGCCGGGAGAACAAACUCACGAAUCUCCGAAAUCUAACAGCACGACCAGGUUUUAUCAUCAGAGGUUCCAUACCCCCUAAGAGAUGUGUUGUUCUAGAUGGCGAUCGGAUUGAUGAAGACAGCCUCCUAAACCUUGGCCCCAGUCUCGCACCAAAACCAAGGUUCACAGAGGAAGCAAGAAUUGAUGUAAUGGCUGCAAUAUCUAAGUUCGGCUAUGCACACAUCUGGAAGGAACAAACAGGAGCUACGGUUCCUAAACUUCAGGAAAGCUUAAGGAAAGCCGUGCCAUUCCUGCGCACCCGAGUUUGCGCUCCAUUGUCUACGAGAAAAACGGUUUCGAACGCUCCAAGAACAUCAUAUCAAAGCUUCGACGUGUCCGCCCUUUACACGAACGUCGACACGAGAGUUGUGAUUGAAGCGUGCAUCGACCUUUCACGACAGCAUUCCAACAGCUGUCAAUUGUACGGUUUGUCCAUAGGCGAGAGUGAAGAGCUUCUG